AUGGGCCUCAUUGGCAUGUCAGCUCCAAUAUUUUUCUCCACUCCCUUUGUCCUGGUACCGGAUAGGUCCUUGACAGUCGAGCUAUUUUCUCAGAUAGUCGAGGAGCAAAACCCCCAAACUGCUUCUGAAAUUGGCGAUCAUGUUGCCGGACUCACUCACCUGCAAAUCUCCUUCGGAUCCAGCGAAUGUGGAAUGUUUGGGUUAUUGAAAACCGAAGAGAAAGAGGAUUGGAGCUACUUUCAACCAAACCCCAACGCCGGAAUAAUCAUGCAAGACGCUGGUGAUGGUCUUUUUGAACUUGUGGUCAAUCGUGCGGAGGGCCGUGUCGCCCAAGGCGCUUUCCAUACUUCCCCAGAUCAACAGGAGUACCGAACCGGAGAUUUCUUCGUUUGCCAUCCUCAGAAAGGUAAUCUGUGGCAUUAUUCUGGUCGACGAGAUGAUCUUAUAGUUCUCAGUAAUGGAGAAAAGUUCAACCCUACAACUAUGGAAAAGAUCAUUUAUGGACAUCAUAUUGUCAACCGAGCUAUAGUCCUUGGCCAAAGUCGCUUCCAGCCUUCCGUUCUGAUUGAACCUGAUUGGAGUAUAUGGUCUAGCGAGCCAACUGAGCUCAUAAAUGAGGUUUGGUCGACAAUUGAACAGGCUAAUCGAACAGCUCCUGGCCAUGCGCAGUUGAUAAAAAGUCAUGUCGCUAUUUCUUUGCAAUCCAAGCCAUUCCAGCUUACCCCGAAGGGCACUGUAAGGCGACAUCCCACUCUGGCAGACUACGAAGAAGAGAUCAACAAUAUUUACGAAAGGGUUGAUCUACCAGAUGUUGCGCAACUCACCCAAGACGCUACCAAGUCAGAUAUCACGGCGCAUAUUACAGUAAUAAUAUCCGGCAUUUCGCCUGUUCCUAUCAUCGAUGAAAACGCAGAUAUUUUUGCAUUGGGAAUUGACUCACUUCAAACUCUUAAUCUUGGACAAAGUCUUCGGGCGUCCCUCCAGUCCGUGGAAGGUGACUUUGGAGCAGCAUUUGAUAACCCGCAGCUAUACUCUCGACCAACAGUUCAUCAACUGAGUGAAUAUGUCUAUGGUUUACUCCAAGGUCAGGAUCCAAGUCCGCUGGACGAAAUUGCAGAAAGCGAUCUUGAUCGUGAAGCAAGACUUGCAAACUUGGUUGGAAAAUAUACAGACGAUCUUGGAGAAAGCCAUGCUGUCCUUCUUACUGGUUCUACCAGAUCCCUGGGGGUAUACCUGUUGUCAGAGCUUCUCUGUGAUCUCACAGUCACUAAGAUUUACUGUCUCAACAGAUCGGUAGACGCAGGAGAAAGACAACUACAAAGUCUGCAAGAGAAGGGACUUGCCUUUUUCAAGCAAUUCCCAUAG